AUGGGUUCCUUUCUGCAGAUCCCGUACCGGGAAUCCCGUCAUGGCCUCUGGGGCGAACAGACGUCGACGCUCAACUGGUGUGAAGAGGACUACAACAUCACAUACUACUGCGCCGAGUUCGUCAACAGCAUAACCAACCUCAUGUUCAUAUGGCUGGGCAUCCGGGGCAUUCGCGACUGCAUGCGGUUCCGGCACCGGCCCGUCUUUGUCGUGGCCUGCAUCGGUUACAUUGUCGUCGGACUCGGCUCCAUAGCCUUCCACACGACAUUAAAGUACUCGAUGCAACUCGCCGACGAGCUGCCCAUGAUCUAUGCCACGUGCAUCAUUGGCCACGCCACGUUUUCCUACGGCAAAUCACCCACCGUCUCCAGACUGAUUGGCCUUGGCCUUUUCAGCCUGGGCCUGCUCAUCACCGUCGUCUACCACUUCACCAAGGAGCCCGUGUUCCACCAGGUCUCGUUUGCCUGCCUGACGAUUGCCGUCGUGUUCCGCAGCAUGUACGACAUGGAGAAGACGCUGCGCCCGGCCCUCAAGAUUCGGAGCCCUGAGCGCGAGAGCGGCCUCAUGCGGCAGAUGUGGAAGAUGUGCCUGUCGGGCAUUGCCCUGUUUCUGGUCGGCUUCUUCAUCUGGAACAUGGACAACAUCUUCUGUCUGUACCUGCGCUCGUGGCGUGACAUCUUGCUGCUGCCGUGGGCGGUCGUGCUCGAGGGUCAUGCGUGGUGGCAUAUUCUUACUGGACUCGCGUACUACUUCAUCAUGUGGCGUCUGUGGCUGCAUACGUGCCUGGACGGCAAGGAGGACGAAUUUGCGCUGCAGUGGAAGACGGCCCUGACUUCGAUCCCACGGGUUGUGCCUGUGUCCGACAUGGAACCGUCUGACGCCGCGUAUAAAGGACGCCGUCUCGAUUAA